AUGGGGAACGCACUCCGCUCGUGUCCGCGCUCAGGCAGCACGGCGCGCAAGGAGCGGGAGGUGAUGCUGCGCCUCAAGGAGGUGGUGGACAAGCAGAGGGACGAGAUCCGCGCGCAGGCCCACGAGAUCGUCUGCAAGAGCCGGGACACGGAGGCGGUGAGUGCGCGGGAGGGCGCCUGGCACCGCUUCAUGUCCAUGAACGAGGAGCUGCGGCACAAGGUGGCCGUGGUGCAGGCCCAGCUCAAGAGCGCCCUGGAGAAGAAGUCGGACCUGGAGGCGGUUGUGCUGCAAACGCAGAGGGAGAUGAGCAGGAGGAGCAGAGCUGCCUCCGAAGCCCAGGCACCAAAGCCCAGCCCGGUGAGGAAGCCCCAUCCCGGUGGCCACCGGGCACUGCUAACACGGGGUAGACCAGCCUGCAGCUGGGAUGGCUCUGCAGCUCCCAGAUCAGAAAGAGCACCGUUGUCCACAGAGGAAGCCUCGCUGCAGCACGGCCUGGGCAAGAGCCCCACUCACUGCUGCUUCUCCAGGGAAGAGCUGCAGCAAAUCCUGCAGGAGCGGAAUGAGCUCAAGACCAACCUGUUCCUGGUGCAGGAAGAGCUGGCUUAUUACCAGCGGGAGCUGCUGAACGAAGAGAGAAUUCCCAGCUUCUUCCUGGAUGCAAUGAAAUCGUCUAUCAAAAAACAGCGGAGGAAAAUCAGAGCCAAAAUGCUGGGAACGACGGAGGAGUCAGCAAGCAGCGACGAGGACGAGGGCUCCUGGCUGCCGGGCCCUGGGAAGGCUCCUCUCCCCCACACCCCUAUCUGCUCUCCCUGCAGCUUCGGGCUGUGGUAUCCGGGCAGCAGCAAAGACUCCCCCGUGCCCAGCUGCUCCGGAGCCUGGGAAAUCAUCGACUCGCUGGAAGAGCACCCGGAGCAGGAGGGCGAGAGGGAGCCGGCGGGCG